AUGGGCUCUUCCCGGCGCCGGAGCUGCAGGCGGCACACUGCAGCCAGGCAGGCAGCUGGGCACGCCGCACUGCCGGAGCCGCGCGGGCUCCCUGCCACCGGCGAGGGGCGAAGGGGAGCCACGCAAGACCAAGGGAAGCGUCGCGUCCCUUUACCCCAUCGGGACCCACUCAGAUCCCAAACAAAGCCGGGCAGCCGGGAUUCAGGCUUAUCCAAGCCAACGUGUCCUGGAGAGGGAGCGCACGGCUCUGCCCCUCGGCCGCGGGGACGCUCUCCGGGCAGGCAGCACGGGUCACGGGAAAGCCCCGGCACACGGGGGCAGGAUGGGCUGGGGCGUGAGGCACGGCGGGGGGCCGGGCGCUGCGGCGCGGGCUCGGGGCUGCGGUGCUGCCGGACCCAGCGCGGGGCCCGCACCCAUCCCGGGCUGCCCCGGUCCCGCUGCCGCGGGCGGGCGGCGGAGACCCCUCGGCACCUCGGGCUUAGGGGGUCCGAGCGGCUGGGACACCUCGGUACCUCGGGUUUGGGAGAUCCCACCGUCAGGGACGCCUCGGGUUCGGGGGUCCCAGCCUGCAGAAACGUGGGUCACAGUGGCAGCGACUCUACCCCAGUGACCCGCAUAUUCCCGAGGCACGCCGGCAAUAUCCUACGCUCGUCUUUCCACAUUAAAAAUACUCUUUGCUUUCGGGACUCCCUGAACGAGCUGCUCAACACUGUUCAGCUUAUCACACUUGUAAUCGGGAGCCAGUCUGUCCAAUUUCUCUCAUCAGUGUUGCUUGUAACAAUCCUGGUAGUGGAAGGCAUUGCCGUUGCACAGAAGACACAAGGUGGGCAGAAUAUUGGAGUGAAUCGCAUUCCUCCCACCCAGUGUGACAACUGGGUCCGGACCAGUAAUGGAGGACAUUUUGCUUCACCAAACUACCCAAACAUGUACCCACCCAAUCAAGAGUGUGUCUAUAUCUUAGAAGCUGCUCCACGACAAAGAAUCGAGUUGACCUUUGAUGAACCCUAUUACAUAGAACCCUCAUUUGAAUGUCGGUUUGAUCACCUGGAGGUUCGAGAUGGACCUUUUGGGUUCUCCCCUCUCAUUAAUCGUUACUGUGGUCUGAAAAGUCCUGCACUAAUUAGAUCAACAGGGAGAUUUAUGUGGAUCAAGUUUAUUUCUGAUGAGGAGCUGGAAGGAAAGGGAUUUCAAGCAAAGUACUCAUUUAUACCAGAUCCUGACUUCACUUACCUAGGAGGUAUUUUAAAUCCCAUCCCAGACUGCCAAUUUGAGCUUUCAGGAGCUGAUGGAAUAGUACGUUCCAGUCAAGUAGAACAAGAAGGAAAAACAAAACCAGGACAAGCAAUUGACUGUAUCUGGACAAUUAAAGCCACUCCAAAUGCUAAGAUCUAUAUGCGAUUUCUGGACUAUCAAAUGGAGCAUUCCAAUGAGUGCAAAAGGAACUUUGUUGCUGUGUAUGAUGGGAGCAGUUCCAUUGAAAACCUGAAGGCCAAGUUCUGCAGCACGGUGGCCAACGAUGUCACGCUGCAGACGGGGACAGGGGUGGUGAGGAUGUGGGCAGAUGAAGGCAGCAGACUGAGCAGGUUCAGAAUGCUCUUCACUUCCUUUGUGGAACCUCCCUGCACAGGCAACACUUACUUCUGCCAUAGCAACAUGUGCAUCAAUAAUUCUUUAGUCUGCAAUGGCAUUCAGAACUGUGCAUACCCUUGGGAUGAGAAUCACUGCAGAGAAAAGAAAAAGACUGGAUUGUUUGAACAAAUCACCAAAACCCAUGGGACAAUCAUUGGCAUCACAACAGGGAUAGUUUUAGUUCUUCUCAUCAUUUCAAUUCUAGUGCAAGUAAAGCAACCUCGCAAAAAGGUUAUGGCUUGCAAGACUGCCUUCAAUAAAACUGGUUUCCAGGAAGUUUUUGAUCCUCCUCACUAUGAACUGUUCUCACUAAGGGACAAAGAAAUUUCUGCAGAUUUGGCAGAUUUAUCAGAGGAACUUGAAAACUAUCAGAAACUGCGCCGCCCUUCAACAGCUUCCAGAUGCAUUCACGACCACCACUGUGGCACCCAGGCCUCCAGUAUCAAACAGAGCAGGACCAACCUGAGCUCCAUGGAACUGCCCUUCCGCAAUGACUUUGCGCAGCCCCAGCCCAUGAAAACAUUUAACAGCACAUUCAAGAAAAGCACUUACACUUUCAAGCAAGCUCACGACUGCCCUGAGCAAGUGAUAGAAGACAGGGUGAUGGAGGAGAUUCCAUGUGAAAUUUAUGUCAGAGGAAGGGAAGAUACAGCACAAGGUUCAUUAUCUAUUGACUUUUAACUUCCUGCUGAAGGUGGUAUCAGUGUACAUACAAAAUGCUCAUGUACAAUGACAGUGUAUAUAUUAAAAGUGUACCAUACUCAGCGUGUGAGAUGCACACACUUUUAGCUUAUUAUACAUCAUUUCAAAAAACAAAACCAGUCUUCAUAAUUAAUUCUUACUGAAAAAGUGGUGGAUUUCCUCCAAAAUUCCCAAGCUACCUAUCUAGUGGAGGAGUAAGACAGAGACUUUGCAUGGAAAUUAUGAGAUAGGAUGUUGGAGGAUAAAACCCUACAACUACUAAUCAUUGAACACUGAAAGCAAUGACUACUAUUCUCUUCUUCAUACCAUUUUCUCUUCUUUAGGUGUCUGCUUUUCAAGACAAUUUUAAUACCUCACUUGCAUAAAUAAAAGUAGUUAAGUGCA